GUGAGACCCUGUUUUCAUGCGGAGUGUUCUGCUGGAUGAUAGAGAAGAACCAUGCAUCAGAGUAACAGCAGUUUGCUCCACCUGGGUCUGAGUGGGCGUGUAGGGGGUCAGGAGGACGUGGAGAGCCCAGAGCAGGCUAAUCUGUCCGGAGAAUCGCUCCACAACCUCUCGCUGGACUGCUGGCUCCAUCUCCUCUCCAGAGACUCUGCUCCGGAGCUGUAUGGGGACAGCGCGAACAUGACGAUGCGAGUGGUCAUUUCUCUGGUCUACCUGGUGGUGUGUGCUCUUGGGCUGGUGGGAAACCUCCUGGCGCUGUUCCUUCUCCACUCCCGCCACCAGUUGCACCACUCGUCUAUUGACUUCUUUGUGAGGAGCCUGGCCGUGACUGACCUCCAGUUCGUCCUCACCCUGCCCUUCUGGGCUGUGGACACUGCCCUGGACUUCCGCUGGCCCUUCGGCAGGGUCAUGUGUAAGAUUGUCAGCUCUGUGACCACCAUGAACAUGUACGCUAGCGUCUUCUUCUUGACGGCCAUGAGCGUGGCUCGCUACUGCUCCCUCGCCUCCUCACUGAGGAUAAGCAGCCCCAAAAUGGCUGCGGCUCGUGCCAAGUGGGCCAGUUUUGCCAUCUGGGUGGUGUCACUGGCGGUCACGAUGCCCCACGCCAUCUACUCCACCACAGUCCAGGUGUCUGCGGAUGAUGAGCUGUGUCUCGUCCGGUUUUCUGGAUCUGCCUCGAGUCACUGGGACUCUCAGGUUCUACUGGGCCUCUACCAGACACAGAAGGUACUGCUGGGAUUUGUGGUUCCCUUGGUAGUGAUCAGCGUGUGUUACCUCCUCCUGAGCCGGCGAGUCAGUGGCGUAGUUGGCAGCGUUGGGGUCAUGGAGAGUUCAGAGGGGUCCCAUCAACGGCGCCGCUCCAAAGUGACCCGCUUGGUGACCAUCUUGGUGCUCUCCUUCUUCCUCUGCUGGCUGCCCAACCAGGCUCUGACACUGUGGGGAGUGCUGAUAAAAUUUGACCUAGUGCCCUUUAGUAAGGCCUUCUACAAUGCCCAGGCCUAUGCUUUCCCUCUGACUGUUUGCUUGGCUCACACCAACAGCUGCCUGAACCCCGUGCUGUACUGCCUGAUGCGACAGGAAUACAGGGCCGGACUCAAGGAGCUGCUGCUCCGAGUCUCGCUGUCCAUCAGGAACUUUCUCACCCUGGCUCUGAGGGGGAAGAGAGUGGAGGAGGUACCGCCUAGCAUGGUGGUUACACACAGGGAUGUCAACGUGUGA